AUAGGACAUGCGAGCUGAAGCGCGCGGCGCCGCAGCACCGUUUCGGGCAGCUUCGGUAAACCCUCUUUGCAGAGCCAUGCCUGGAACAUGCCACCAGGGGCAGUACUGGGAUCACCUUCUCCGGAAGUGCAUGUCCUGUCAGACCCAAUGUGCUCAGCCAUACCGGCCGGAGAAAUGCAACAGCUUCUGUGUGGCAAUAGAGUGCAAGAGCGUCACGGGAAACUUCUACGACUUGCUGCUGAAGCGCUGCUUACGUUGCUCUGAGGUGUGUGGGCGCCACCCCUUGGAAUGCUCCCCGACCUGCAGCACUAAGUCCACGACCCUGGAUCUGACCAAGGAACUGCUGGACAGGCCUUCAGUACAGAUCGCUGCCAGUGAGGGGCGCCCCAGCUCUGGAGUGGAGUACCACACAGUGCUCAUCUACUGUCUGCUAGGCGUGUGCCUGGCCAUGUUGCUGUGCACGCUCACCCUGGCCGCACUGGUGCUUCUGCGGAGGGCAAGGGUCCGCAAGCAGGCCGCGGUCCAAAAGGCCGGCGAUACCACUCCCCAGGAGCACGACAGCUCCUCCAGAGAUCGCCUGCUCGGGGCCAGCAAGCCCCCCCUGAAGAAAGCGUCCCUGCCCACGGAGACCUGCGUCCACUGCUUCCCCGAGCUCCGGGUGCCAGCCUGCCGUCCCGAAAAGGAGCCCCCCAGGCAAAUCCCCGCCUCUACCACUCUCUACCAGCAGGCGUCAGUCACAGGCCCUGCCACUAGGGGGUCCCCCUGCUGUCUGCAAGGGGGCGCCCCCUCCCUGGAAAAGGACAGACUGAGGAUUAUCUGUUCCCCAACACAGAGCAGCAUCUGACUGCGUCUGGGGUUAUGACUGGGGUUGGGCAUCGAAGCACAACUACUUCCUUGGCAUCAUGCCCAGGAUGAUGUGCCCCUCCUCCUCGACAACUUGCUAACAGCUAGGAGCAAACAAACGGCUCUGACUUCUGAUUCUUGAACCCCACAUUGGCACAGAGAGUUUAAAACACAGGCUGCCUCAACUCAUUCAGUCAGCCCCCAUCUCACAGGCUCCACUUUAAGGUCCCCCCCCCCACCCAUCCUCGCAGAGCAGCAGCCCGAACACUUGUUAAACUGACAUUAGAUGACAAACCACCACUCUCGUCCGCCUCAGGAUCACGGGAGAGCGUCAUCAGCACCGGUGUGGCAAUAUAGGAAUGUAGACAGGAAAAAAAAUAAAAUAAAGACCGUUUUCCCAUUUGUGUCUCA